AGUUCAGUCAAAGCGCGGCAACGCCUGCCUGCCUCUUUCAGCACAGACCUGUGGUGUCACGUGUGAAACUUUGUCUCUGCUGUGCUCAAGGCCUCACUCUCAUUCGUCGAAACCCCUUUCUCUCAUCCCUCGCCAUAUCCACCAUUUCCCCACCUUUCUGCGCACACUAAACUUGGGUGCAAGCACUACAUGAAGUUUGAGUUGGUGAGCUUUGACAAUGCAAGUCGAAGGCCGCUCCGGCAACACCUACGUCGUCGACGAUGAAGCAAACUUCAACUGGACCAAAGCCUCCGCAAUUUCUACCAUCCCCUUCUUUCGCACCCACCGAUUCCCGUCAUGGCUCCUCUCAGCAGGCUAAACAGACUGGCGGAACGAAGCAGUGACAAGGAUCGCAGCCAUGGAACAUUGUGGUCUGCAGAGAGCAUCAACGCGUCUCGGCUGGAGUUGGAGGAGGUGCAACAAUACAUGGAGUCCAAGGAGGCCGAAGGCUUCGUGGGCAAGAGUGCCGCCGCACAGCGAGAUAUGAUCAGAAAGAUGAAUGUCUUGACCAACCGCAAAAACAGCAGCCGCAAAGUCCACGCUGUGAUGAAAGACCUUGCGCAGUGGCAAGGCGGAGAGAUUGCAAAGGGCGCUCACUCUGUCAAGCUCGCCGGCAUUGACGACGAACUCCAGCGUUUGUUUGCCAGUAUGAAGGGUUUGCGAGAUACCCUUGCCAGCGCACGGUCAGACAAAGCGGAAGAGCCUGCCAUGCUCACGGCAAUCCAAGCGAAGUUGGACGAAUCUUCGGCGGAUGCCGCCAAUGGGCGCUCUAUGGUUAUCAACAGCCUGGCCGAGAUGAAGUCGGCGAUCGACCAGCACUUUACCGGCCUCUCCGCCAAGAAGGAGAUGUCGGAUCUGCAAGAGAAGAUGAAUGGCGAGGCUCGAGACAAGGACCAGGAGAUCGAGAACCUCAAGAGCCAAAUUGAGCAGCUGCAGCUGGAUAACUCCAACAAGGACGGGAUCAACACCACUCUGCGGGCGAAGCUACAGGAAACGGAGAUUUCUAUCGCUCUGCAGACGGUGCGCGCCAAUAUUGAAACGGAGGCGACGGGUCUUUUGUUCGAGGAAUUGGAAGACCAGACGAAAUUGACGGCCUUUUACAAGGACUGCGCGCAGAAAAUGGAGAGUGCGGACGGCCCGAUCAUUCGCGCCAUCAUCGGUAAGGUGAUUCGCCAAGGUCGGCCGGAGAAGCGGAGGCAGGGAGAUGAGGGAGAGGUUGCGGGUGAUGGCGGUAAGAGGCUCAAAGACGCUGACGUUGAUGUCGCGACCAAUCCAUUUUCCCUUGAUUUGGCCCUUUGGCACGGCUAAAGCACGAAUGCAACGCUUUCCCGAACAUCGAUGCUCCCGGUCUGGUCGUUUCCAUCCCAGUCGGAACUCUGCUAGGUUUUGAGCAACGUGCGCCUCCGACGCCGUGUCGCUUCCGUAAUCCGAUACGUCUCCUCACUUAGCGCCCCCUUUGCAUUUUCGACAGCGCGCGCCGGUGGGUGGCAGCGGGGGAACGUUGGAUUCGCCGUCAUCACUGCUCCGCUUGACAACAGGGACGCCGCCUCCCGACGCAGCAUCAACACGAAACACCGUCGUCCAGCGCGGGCUCGUUCGCCCAUUAGAAGCUUUAUAGACG